UUAUAUAACUGUCACGACUCCCUCCGUUCUGCUCUACCCAAUUAGUUCUUCACUGUACUACAUUAAUUGACGGCCUUCUUUUAAGACUUCUCAGUGGCUUGGUUUUCAGACAGUCAUCCACUCGAAUUUACCAAGUUUUAUGAGAUUUUGGGUGGUUUUAGUUUCUUGGAAUCGUAAGAGAUUCCAUUUUUGAAAGUACUAACUGCUUUUACUGGUGGGCUUCUUGUUAGGUGUUGUUUUCUUCUGUAACUGCUUUCUAACUUCUGAAAGCUUUGGGUUCUGGGUUCCUUCAGCAGUUUCAUAUUUUUUCUAAGGGUUGAUUGAUUGUUUGGGUGGGUGGGAGAAACUUCUGAUUAUAAGGACGAAGUUGAAUCUGGGAAGAAUGAUUCUGUCGUACAAGGGGUGCAUCCUCUGGAAGUUCUACUCUGUUCUUGAGAAGAAGUUCUGCGUCGACAAAAUCUAUUAUUUUUGGAUCUUCCAAAUCUUCAAUAGAUACAGCCUGGAGACUUAAGGUUAAGCUUUUGGAAAUUUGGUUCUUCUAGCUGCGUCCACUCUUGCUCUUUUUGCUGUUUUCUGAGAGUCAGACUGUUUGUACAAUUAGAAAAUGGGAGGAACAUCGCUGCCGCCUGGCUUUAGGUUCCAUCCCACUGAUGAGGAGUUAGUGGGGUAUUACUUAAAGAGGAAGAUAGAGGGACUGGAAUUCGAACUUGAAGUAAUCCCAGUGAUCGAUUUGUAUAAGUUUGAUCCAUGGGAAUUACCAGACAAGUCAUUCCUCCCAAAACGGGAUAUGGAGUGGUUCUUCUUCUGUCCCAGGGAUCGGAAGUAUCCUAAUGGCUCACGUACAAAUAGAGUCACUGUGUCUGGAUAUUGGAAAGCAACUGGCAAAGACCGGAAAGUAGUAUGCCAGUCUGCUGUGACAGGUCUCCGGAAGACCCUAGUUUUUUAUCGUGGACGGGCCCCUCUGGGAGAUAGGACAGAUUGGGUGAUGCAUGAAUAUCGACUCUCUGAUGAUCCUUCUCAUCAGGGAACAUUCAGUUUUCAGGGAGGUUUUGCUUUGUGCCGUGUAGUUAAGAAGAAUGAUCAGGGACUGAAGAAUAAGGGAGAUCUCCAAGGAGAACCCAGAGGCAAGAAGGUGGGAGAAACUUCUGUCACUGGAAAAAUCACUCCCACAAGGUUGUUGAAUGGUCUCUUGAGCAACACUAGUUCUUCAAACCCUGUUAUGUCCCCUUGUGAAAUUCCAACAAUGAAAGAGUUCAGUUCAGAAAAUUUGAACAAGAUCAAUCCAAUGAACAUCUGGAUCUCACCUGAUCUAAUUUUAGACUCCUCAAAGGAUUACCAACAGGCACAAGUUGUAGCUGAUUUUUUUCCUCACACUGACUUGCAAGGCUCAAUAUCGCCAUGUCACCAGUCUGGUUCUGCAGGAAUUUCUCCCACUUCAUUGUACUCUAACUUCAUAGAGGAAGUUGAGCCAAUAGAAGAUUUUGGUGGAAUUAGCUGUCUGUCGUCAUAUACUGAGCCCACAAAAUACAUGGGAUUGUAUGGAGAUGAGGAAAUGACAUAUCAGAGCUUUGAGCAGACAAAUUUACUAAGUCCAUACCCAUUGAUCAAUGGUCUAGAAGCUUGGAACCCAGCUCCAAUUUGCAGACAAAGCAGCGGAGAUGGGUCUUUAUGGGAUCCAAGUAGUCUAUGGUUGCACGAGGACAACUUGGCGAUUGUGAUUUAAGAGCCUAACCUUAAAAGAGGUUGGCGCCUACUAGUUUAUCCUGGUGUCUAGUUACGGGUUUACUACUACAGUAGUUAAUAAUCUGGAGUUGGAUCUCCAAGACAUCGCCUUUUAAUGAUUUUUCUUGGAGCAGAAAAUUCCAAGUACCACCCCUUCUAGUAUCUAAGCAAAUGUCCCCAAGUCUCUAUGACAAAUGUGAACAGCCUAUAGUCUAUGUUCCUAUGUAAUAGUAAUCAGACUAUCAGAGAACCACUUGAAACUUGAAAGUUGUAUUCUCUUUUUCCUUGUCAACAUCUUGCCAUUGGCAGAUUAAUUUGACAAGUCAUAUUUUUCGCAGUGUUGUAAUGCAAAGGUCUAACUAAGUAGAAGUUUUUAUGCUUAGAUAUGCUGGUAUUUGAUUAUGGAAUUGAAAAUAACAGUUGGUCUUGGAGUGGGAUCUCUAGGGCAACACCUUUUAA